AUGGGCUGGGCUUCACCUUUACUGUGGUUCACCAACACCACUCCUGUACAACCACGCAAAAUGGCUUCUCCCCUCAUUAUCAGGAACUUGACCUCGACGCCGAUUGAGCUGAAGCUCAUCGAGCGCUUCCAGGCCCCUGGUCAGGCACCGGCUAAGACUGAGAACAACAACAACAACGACUCAGGUUUCGGAAGCUUGGCCAAGAACUUCACGACGCUAAUGAACAAUGUUACGAACACUAUCCAGAGCCCAACUAACCUCGAGCUGGCAGCCAAUGCACAGAGCUUCAGCCAUAAGGAUGUCAACAUCAGGAUCGAGCCGUUUGAGGUUUGCAAGACGGAUAUUCCGCUCAAGGAGCGCGACGACCACGAGAUUAUGCGAUUGACCUUCGAGAACGCGGGGCAACGUUACAGGCUCGAUGUCCCCUCUCCAACCAGCAGAUCUACCUCCUUGACCCCUCUUCAGCAGAACUCGCAGUUUGAAUACACUGGAGUCUAUCUGCCGGAGCACUCUUACCUCUCCCUCUACUCAUCUGCGCGCCUCAACUCCUGGAUGGGCAAGCUCAAGCCCGAGACUCCCCUGUCGGCGCUAUCUAUCCCAGGAACUCACAAUUCCGCAACCCACUACCUUGCUCUUCCCUCCGUGCGCUGUCAGGCUGUUUCGGUCACCGACCAGCUUAACAACGGCGUUCGCUUCCUCGAUGUCCGCGUCCAGCCUGAGAACAUUGAGUAUCCCAACGCCGACGGCCUGAUCCUCGUCCACGCCGUCUUCCCCAUCUCGCUCACAGGCAACAAGUACUUCCGCGACUUCCUCAAUAAAGUAACCGCCUUCCUCGACCAGAACCCAUCCGAGACCGUCCUCAUGAGUCUCAAGCGCGAGGGUGUCGGAAAAUCCACCGACCAGCAGUUCUCCAAGAUCCUGCACGACCACUACAUCUCCAAGGACAAGGAACGCUGGUUCACCGAUAACCGCAUCCCACGCCUGGAAGAGUCCAAGAAGAAGAUCGUCCUCGUCCGCCGCUUCGGCGUCGAUGACGCUGUCAAGGGCUACAACAACAACGCCGGCUUCGGCCUGGACGCCUCCAGCUGGCCUGACAACUGCGAGGACGGACUGUGCGUCGGCGGCACCAUUCGCGUCCAGGACUUCUACGAGGUUGAGGAGAGCGUCAACAUCGACAAGAAGAUCAAGUUCUGCCACACCCAUCUCGAGAAGGCGAGUUCGCUUGUGUGCCCGCUGCCUGGUGCGGCGAAUGCGGCAGAGCAGCCCCACCCCUUCUUCAUCAACUUCUUAACUGCAAGCAACUUCUUCCGUCCGGGAUGCUGGCCCGACCGUGUCGCUGCCAAGGUUAACCCCGCGACGGUGGACUUCCUGUGCCGCAGGCAUAACGAGAAGGAGUACUAUAGCACUCUGGCGGAGGAGCGCGGUAUUGGAGAUGGUAGCACGGGAAUUGUGGUGUGUGAUUGGGUUGGAGAGAAGGGUGAUUGGGAUCUAGUUAGGUGUAUUGUUGGACACAAUGCCAAGUUGGAGUUGAGGGAAAACCAAUAG